AUGUUGUUCGUGAACACUUUUCACAUGGAGAUUACAGUUAAAAUUUUUCUACCAUUUCCGGGCUUUAUUUUCAGUUCUCAAUCAUCGAGGCACUUAUCAGACCAGAAAGAAAACUUUUCAAAGCUUUACGAACGAAUGGGCUCAAUAUGUAAAGGAUUGAAGUUUUUUUCUGCCAUUGGCAAUGAAGUGUUGAUGUCAGGAUGGAAAGGAUUUAUCACACCUCAGGGCAUUUAUUCGUUCACUCACCUUGCUUGUGACAAAUAA